UGGAUACACCUAUGUAAAUAUCUUACUAAAAAAUUCAAAUAACUUCUUAAAAAGAAAAUGGUGACAUCAAAACUGUCAAUAUUCAAAUUAAGAAAAGAAACAAAACACUGGCACGAAGCCAGACAGUGUCAAUGAGGUGUAAAUUCAAAAGUGUUGUGUCUAUGGUCGUGUGAUUGUCUGUGCGAUGUAAAGGAGUUUGUAUACGAUGUGUUCAGUGAUGUGGCUGCGGCUGCUGGUGAUGCUGGCCGCCUGCUGGGCGCAGGAGGGGGAGUGGAGCGAAGACGCUGAGGACUUAGUGUCGACGGUCGACGUAGACGCAGUACUGGGUCGAACAGCCUCCCUCCCGUGUGACGUCACGCCCGACACUAACGAAGACAGGGUCUACAUGGUACUCUGGUUCCGAGCCGGCAAGGCCACGGGAGGCAAACCAAUAUACAGUUUCGACGUACGUGGCCGGUCGUUUAACAAGGCGCUACAGUGGUCUGACCCGAACGCCUUCGGUCCUCGAGCCGACUUCGCAACGAUCGCGCGACCAGCCUCGCUCACACUUGACACGGUACAGCUAGAUGACGAAGGCGUGUACCGAUGUCGUGUCGACUUCAAGAACUCGCCGACGCGAAAUUUUCAGAUUCGCCUCUCUGUUAUAGUGCCUCCUCAUCAACUGAUACUCUACGAUAAAUCCGGACGGGACGUGUCCGGAGUGGUUGGUCCUUUAGAAGAGGGCAAUGAACUCGUCCUCGUGUGUGAGGUUAGAGGAGGUCGUCCAGCGCCUACAGUGAUGUGGCUGAUAGAUGGCACUCCGGCGCCGCAGUAUGUUGGAGAGAAAACUGACACACACGUGGUGGUGAACCGGUUAGAACUGCCUCACGUGAGAAGAACACAUCUCAACACCACGUUUCGGUGUCGAGCGUCAAAUACGAACCUCGUUAGUCCUCAAGAGAAGACUGUUAGACUAGAGAUGAAUUUGCGACCGACGCUGGUGGAGAUAUUAAACAAGCCAGCUACGUUAUCAUCGGAACGUUACGUCACACUGACGUGCAUGUCGGAGGGUAGCCGGCCACCGGCGCAGCUCACCUGGUACAAGGAUAACAGAAUAUUUAAAAGAGGAAAGAUAAUAGAAUCCAUGAACGAGACGUGGGUUCGGAGUCAGGUGCAGUUCAUGCCGUUGCCAGAAGACGAUGGCGUGCAGCUCAAGUGUCAAGCCGACAACAACGCACUGCCUGGACAGAGUCUUGAAGACUCCUUCAAAUUGGAUGUUGUGUAUCCUCCUGUGGUCUCCCUAUCACUGGGCAGCACCCUCAAUCCUCACGACAUCAAGGAAGGGGAUGACGUGUACUUCGAGUGUUCAGUGCGCGCCAACCCUAGGGAGCAUCGCAUAUCGUGGUAUCAUAACGACAAGUUGGUGCUCCACAACGUGAUAUCAGGGAUCAUCGUGAGCACCAAGUCCCUGGUGCUGCAGAAGGUGACGAGGGACCACGGAGGAGACUACUCCUGCAGAGCUACCAACGCGCUCGGGGAAACUGCCAGCCAGUCUACGCAACUUAGUAUACAGUAUGCACCAGUAUGCGCCCACGCAUCACCUCAAGUAUUGGGCGCGCAACUCGACGAAUCUCUGCGUGUGCGCUGUUCAGUGACGGCCAACCCGCCUGACGUCACAUUCUUCUGGCAGUUCAACAACAGUGGGGAGAGCCUGGACGUGUCACCACUUAAAUUUGGAACAGCAAACGGCAGCACGAGCGAGCUGAGCUACAAGCCUCAGAGCGAGCGCGACUACGGCACGCUCAGCUGUCGCGGCACCAACUCUGUGGGGCGGCAGCUCGAGCCGUGCGUGUUCCAGAUUGUUCCUGCCGCUCGACCUUCAGCCCCGCGCAACUGCUCCUUGCAAGCUGGUAACACGAGUGCUGAUGGCAACUCCUGGCUUCGAGUAUGCUGCGUAGCCGGCUACGAUGGCGGGCUACCACAGUACUUCUUGCUGGAAGCACUGGAUCCUAUCACUGGGAAGACCAGGUUCAAUGGCAGCGUCAAUGAAACUGAUGGACUGGCCAUCUUCAAGCUGGAUCUGUCCCAACUGUCCUCGGCUGGUCAAGCAUCAGGAGCUACCUUCAACCUGCUCAUCUAUGCGAGGAACCUCAAGGGAGAGUCCGAGAAGACCCUGCUAGAAAACAUUGCUUUCAAUGAUGCUGCUAGGAGAACAGAUGGCAAAGGCGCGAUGAGCAGUGUAAGCGUGGGAGUCGCGGUGGCAGCUGCUUUAGGCGCUACACUGGCCGCCGGGGGCGUAGCCCUAGCUGCCCUAUGUGCCCGCCGACGUCGCGCCGCGCCCCCUCACAAGCACCCGCCAGGAGACAUGUUAGAGCUCAGCGAUGGUGGCAGACGAUAUGUUGUGGCGUACACUAUCAAACCUUCGCCAGAUUUGAAGACUCCUGAUCCGCAGCCUGAUAUACUUAAUGCGCCAGCGAUGCGUUUUCCAGAUGGAGAUAACCAACCAUCAGCGCCUAUUAUAGACGAAACGGACGAAUGGCCUAGUAUACAAGAAGUCAGAGGAGACUGGAGUAAAGCUGGCGCGGUCUUCUCAGCAGAAGAUUUAGCAUUAUUAGAUUCUACUGGGCGACCACAGCAGCUGACUCCAAACAGCGACCUACUGCCCAGUAGACAAGAAGACGUUCUGAACCAGAACUUACAACCAGUAAUAGGAACUAACUUUAGGCCUAGCUACGUAGUCACGAACAGUCCUACGUUGGGCAGCCCUAACUUUGUGUGUCCUAAUGGGAACUUGAGCUCGCCUUUCGGGAGUCAGACUCUUAGUGGGCCUACGCUCAGUUCAGGGAGCCUCGCCACUUCUACCCUACAUAGAAACAAAGGUAAGGGCAACGUGCGAAGAAGGGAGCAUGUUCUAGCGGAGAACCUCCCAGGACCAGAAAGUUGUGUGUAAAGUGAUGACUACAAUGUGCUUCACGGAUUUGAAUUUCGAACUCUCAUGAAUUGCAACUAACGUAAGUGGACUCAUAGCAUUUUUGUGUAGAUUUUUUUUACGAAUCUAAGAUACGCUUGUAUUCAUUUUGGACGGUUUUGUCAAUUUUACACGAUGGAUGUAUGUUAACGCUGUUUUGCCAAAUUGAACCAAUUGAUUUGUUUGUAUAUUAGGUAACGUAAUUUGUAAAUAGUUCUAUUAGUUUAAAUAUUUAGCUAACGUGUUCUAUAAAGGGGGGAUGCCCGUUUUAUCUUGUACAUUGCUAUUAUAUUGACUAAUAUACUGAGCUUGGUAGCGCUCACAAUAAAUUACGGCCUACAUUUUGUGUUACUAAUUUGCUCAAAAAUUGGGAACUUGGAAAGUGCGAAGCACAAAGUUUUAAAUUGUAUUUCAAGGUUCCUCAUAAUUAUAUUAAGUAGCGGAACAGCUCGAAACUUAGUGUUCCGUGCUUUUAUUUUGUCCCAAAACAAACGAAACGUUAUUAUUUGUCUUCUUACUAAUUGUUACAUCAAAGGCUCAUUUAAAAUUUGUUAUCAUAAAAGCAUAUUGAAACAUUUUGAUGCUUUUAAUUAAUUAAAAAAUACGACUAAAAGGCUUAUAUAAUCUCCUACUUGAUUUAACAAAAUCGGUUGUGUGAAUGUAAAUACUGAUAGUUGUAUAAACGAGACUUGUAUGUAUAGAUACAAAUAUUUAACUAGAAUAAGAAGCUUUUGUUGUCAAUUUAUUUAUGUGAAAAUUAUUAGUGAAAUUGUAAAUAUUGCAUAGACCGUGACGAUAGACGAAGCUCUCUAGCAUACGAGAUAAGGGGAAUUCAGAGGUGCAGAAAUACAACCUUGUAUAAAAGAUAAUAUGUAAAACGUUUUACAACAUUGACAACAUUCUAAGUUCGAGCAUAAAGUUUAAAAUAAAAUACGUACAAAAUGUUCGUGUAAUAAAUCAAGUCACACUUCGAGAGCGUACCUGCUCCGGUUCUUCGUACGGCGGUUUCCACGUGGAAAAAUAUUUUCAAGACAAAAUAUUAUCUUUCAUUUCCUUUACCGUAUAUUUAAGGGUUAAUUGAAAUUUAUUUUUAAUACAUCUUUUCUACUCGUGGGACCGAAAUUGACUUAUGUAUUAUGUUACAAGGAAAAAUCUUUACUUAAGUAAAAGUUUUUGCUUUAAUCUGGCGUUGUAUUCCAAUACCUUGAUAUUAAAUAACCUUUGGUAUCUAUUUUCUUCUCAAUCAGAAAAUAUUUUAGGAGGAAAACUAUUUAUAAUUUUAACGUAGCCUAGAGAGGUAAUACUUAAAUUAAUAUACAUAUAUAAAAAUAAAUCAGCUAUUUUACAUUGAAAAAUGUUUUAAGAAAACUCUACAUCUAGUUUCCAUAGUAACGGUGACUUCCACAUGAGACCCCUUAUAUCGUAUGCGUAGAGCAACUCAGUAGUGCCAUUUUAUAACGAGAGCAAAUUGUAAAUGUUUCCAUUUUGUGUUGAUUCUAUUAUAUAGAGUUUAACAAAGAGAACGGUUUUAUAACAUGCAGUUCGCGUCAAAUAAGUUUGCGUUUCUGAAGUUAGCCGCUUGUCUCCUUACGCAUUUGUUUGUACAGAUAUUAUCAAAAACAUUUUCUUGCCAGCUGCUCUAUCCUUUCGCAUUUGUUUGUACAGAAUACAGAUACUGUCGAAAACAUUUGCUUGUCCACAGUUGGCUACUAUUACCUAACUUCACAAUAAUCAAAAAAUAUUUACCGCAGCUAACUUCAGAGAAGCAAAGUUAUUUGGAGCGAGCUCUAGGUCAAGCGAACUGUUUGUAGAUGUCAGUCAUCAUUUUAUGUGGUCCUACCAAUCUGAUAUGGCAAUUUUAUAUUUAAUAAAUAAAUAAUGGUUUAUAUAA